AUGCUGUGUGUAAUCGGUAAUGCUGUCGAUGACGCAGCACGUCAGGCAGAGGACCACGGUAUGUUUGACAGGAAACGGCCUCGCGCCGACGAUGACUCUUCAUCUUCCGAUGGUCCUGAUUCUGUGCGUCCCCGGCCUCUUUCCUGGCUUCCAUCGGCUCCUGUGGAACCCUCGAUGCAAUCAACUCAACUUCGUUCCCUCGGAGUUGAAUCCAUCUUGAACCCUCCCUCAAAAGCUGCUGUCGUGGCCGCAGAAAACGGUCGGGAAGGUUUGGUGUCGCAGUUACCGACUGCAUCCUCGUCCCAUGCUCGGCUGCCCUCAUCCCCCUCCGUCCAUCUCCCUUCUCCGUCCCUUCAUCCAGCAAAACGCCUAUCUUCAUCUCCUGCCAUGAGAAGUCAUCAGGCCAUCGCCCCCGCCUCCCCGUCCGCGCGCUUCGUUGCUGCUCCAGGCGGGUACCCCCCCAAAUUGGGGGUGUCACAGUCCCCUCUGGCCCAUGCAUCGCGGCUAGCCUCCUAUUCCCCAGCUCCUGGUUCUCACUUGACCAUCGAUCCGGUCUCUGGACAGCCAAUCCCGACAUCUACGCAUCAAGCAGUGGCUCCAGUCUCCAUCCAUUCGACCCCAACUUUCCACAGCCGUCGAACAAGUGCCAAUCCUACUCCUGCUCCGAGCUCACAGGAAACGAGCCCUACGACUCCGGUUUCUGCUUACAGCAAGCUCGGACGGUCAUCUCCCGCCGUCUCUGCCGCGCCUCUGGCUCAACACACACCCUCGUUCCUCACUACAUCUCCAUAUAUCAAAAGUGAACCAGCCUCUCGAUUGCCUUCAGUAAUGGCAGGAUCUAGGCAUACGGGCGAAGAAAAGCCUGCGGUGGGAGGCCCACCGGAGAGCCCCCCUUACCCUGGCAUGAUUCCCUGUCUUCUCGAUUUGAAGUCCGGGUCGUCUAGCCAGGCCGAGAAACGGAGGGCGAAUAGUGAUGCGUCCAGGAGAUUCCGGAACCGCAAACGAAACGAGAUGCAGUUGGAGCAGAAGAUUGCUGGGCAGCAGGAUGAGAUCCGGAAACACACCGAAGCGAUGCAGAGGCAGGCCCAAGAGAUCCGAUCUCUGAUCCAGGAACGGGAUUUCUACCGUUCUGAGAGAGAUUUCUUUCGUGAGCACGUCACUCGUUUGGUACCUGCAGGCCAGCUGCCCACCAGGCCCGCUUCUCCUCGAGCCCUGCGCCCGUCCUUCGAGCCGACCGCAUCUGAGCGUGAGCGCGAAGCAUGGCACACGUCCGAUGGUUCCCGCAAGGUUGUCGAGACCACCUCUGGCCCAGGUGGGAAGCUGGCUCCGGCGCCAUCCAACCUGAUGGCCCGUUCAUCCACGAGGCCGCCCGUGACCUGGUCCACGGCUCCGGCUUCGUAUGCAACAACCCAUGUCGAGCGGAGUAUCCUGCCUGAUGAGCAGCAGGCACGAUCACUGCCCCAGUUUCCUGGACAAUGGGCGCGGAGCUCGUAA